AUGUCAUUUAUUAAAAAUCCAAAAGAUAUGAUAAAUGAGAUUGUGGAAAAGAUUAAUGAAUUUGAAUUGUAUGCUGACAAAAAUAAUCAAAAGCUUUUUACAUAUGAACGUGAAUACCGUAUAAUGUUACAGAAAGUUUUGGAGGAUAAUGAAAUGGAUGAUACAAGAUGUAGAGAAAGUGAAAAUUGUUUAAAUAAAUUACUUCUUAUAAUUGCACAAAUAUCUUUAGAAAGAAUUAAGUUAGUUGAAAUAAAAGAAAAAAUUAAUAAAAUUAUAUAUGAAACUAAUGAUAGAAAAAAAAGUCAUUAA